AUGGCCCUCAUGUUUACCGAGAACUGGUGCCGGAACAUCGAUUCUGCACUGAUCCACGUGCGCCUACUAGAAACCAUCAAUACCAACUACGGACUACAUAUCGAGGACCUCAUAAACGUGCUGCACUCGGAUGUCCAGCGAGCGGCUUUGACCAUGGAGCCUCCAAUGUUUGCCAUGCAUGAAAAGAGUUGGGAUAUGCUUGAAGCGAAGUUUGCCUUGCCAACGGAGGCCAGCUGGGAGACAGACUGCUUGAGUACUCGGUACCCCAUACUCACGGAGAUGAGGCAAGCACUCGCGGCUCUGGAUAUUAUCCAAGGACCAGAAGCCUUACAGUCACAUCGACAAGCUGCGACCAUAAGGUGCCUUCAUGCCAUGGGCCUGCUCCUGGAUCACUACAAUUUAUCCUCAGACAUUACUGAGAAAUACGUCGCACUUGCAGCUCUCUAUCGAAUACGACGAGAGGCCAACAUGGAACGAAUAUCGGUUUGUGGCAUCACGGUUUUCGACGCGGGCAGGAUGAUAAUCCCACGGCUAAAAGAGCUACUCUUUGCAGCCUCAGCCGAUCCACGAGAGUUGCGUUUGUGGACCUGCUCGGUCGGCAUAUUGUCGGGCGAUGGCUGGUUCUACGAAGAGCUCGACAAGCAAUUGCGAAAGGAGGGGAUCAGCAACCCGAGUGAGCUCAGCAGGAUCAUAGCCAACGUUGAAGGUCGGCAACUUCCACAGCGAUUCGCGCCAUCGAUCAAGCCUGCAUCGAAGGGCCAGGACAUCGAUUCUUACGGUCGGCCUCAUAUUUGA